UAGUUUGAUAAUUUUGGCCCUUUUCCGUUCUUUUUUCCCCUAAAAAUACACUGAUCCUCCCAAUAACUUGGGGAAAAUCCCAAACAUGAGUAGCUCAGCAACAGCACCGUGGAAACAGCUUCUUCUCAAUUCCAUCAAUUCCAAUUCCCAUCUUAAGCAUUCCACCUACUUUCAACUCGCAACUGUUGGAUAUAAUGGAAGGCCCUCUAAUCGAACUGUGGUUUUCAGAGGGUUUCAAGAUGGUACUAACAAGAUUCAAAUUAAUACUGACUCACGAAGCAGCAAGAUUGAUGAUCUUAAGCGUUCUCCAUUUGCGGAGGUGUGCUGGUAUUUCACUGAAACAUGGGAACAAUUCAGAAUUUACGGAAAGGUCGAGAUGAUUGAUGCAUCAAACUCUGAUCCUAAUAAACUUAAGCAAAGAGAGGCAGCUUGGUUUGCUGGUUCUGUGAGAUCAAGACUACAGUAUGUGGGGCCUACUCCAGGGAUUAUUUCUCUAAAUGAACAACCAUCGCACGAUUCAUUGGAUCCUUCUGCUGGUCCAGUUGAUGCAUUCUGCCUUCUACUUCUGGACCCUGACCAGGUUGAUUAUCUGAACUUGAAGAGUAAUGAGAGGCUGCUAUUUUCGACUGGACGAAGUGACAAUGAUUUCACAGUUCCUGAUGAAAGAAAUCAGCUGAAUUUGAAGCACAUGCGUACUAAGGUACCUCUACCUAACCUCUAAUGCUUCAGUUUCUGUUUGUGGUCCCUGGUAUUCUUUGUCACUUGCUGGAAUCCACACACCAUUCAGAACAUUUUAUUCAGAGAAUACUGGUAGCUUUCAAAUUUCUCCAAUGGGAUCCCUUCUUUUCUAUCUUGUAAGUUGUGAUUUAUAAGUCUGUUGCCAAAGUUUAUGGUAGAAAUGUUGUGACAAUAUGAAUGAUCAAACGCUUGUGCUAAGCACUUGCCAGUUGUACUUGAAGGAAAUGUCAAAGCUGAGUUUUUAAGGUAAUUAGUUGGCUAUCUGCCACCUAAAGGCAUGUUUGUAGUUACCGGUUUUUGUUCUUAGUAAGCUUAGAAGAGAAAAUGGGACUACCAGCCAGCUUCUCGGUUCUCAUACUUAUCAUUUCGCUUUUUAUUAGACUUCUUAUUAAUGAUCAGUCAAUUUCCAUUUUCCUGUGUCCAAAACUCUACCUACCUGCAUGUGUCUAUAAGCCGCGUAAAGACAGCUUUGUCAUGAUGCAAAAGACAAACGGAUGAACAGGAAAGACAAGUUCCUAUUCUAUUACAUGAACUUAUAAAUGUCAACAAAUGCCAAUUCUUUGAAAAAGAAAAACAGUGUGUAUAUGCUAUUGCACCCUUGGUGAGUCAAAGAAUCUCCAAUUGGAAACAUAUAAAUUUUCCAGGUUUGUUGUUGUCAACCUGCACCCUAAUAAACACACAUAUAUAUCUAGCAUCUGGGCAAGUCUGCUGGAGGAUGAGGAAGUCUUUCUAAUGGCCCUUCCCCAUUCUUCACAAUGAACACCACUGAUAAGCCCCACGAUAAAUGUAUCUCCAAAUGACAGUGCAUAAACCAUACCCCUAUACAUAAAAAUGGUCCAUCCAUGAGUUUUAUACAAGACUGUAAUAAUUAAGAGAUGAGCUUCUGUUGAGAUAAUUACAGUCCAAUGCCUUUCGGUGAUCUAAUUUACAAAAUAGCCAGCAAAUGUAUAGGUUUUGUAUGCUAAGUAUAAAUAUACAUAUAUAUACCUAUAAUAUACAUAAUCAGUGUAUAUGUUUUGUAUAUUUUGGACGACAAGCCAAAAAUGAAAAAAGCCCAAAAAUUAGUUUCUAAUUUAUUACCUGGAUU